GCAUCAGAUGACUAGUCAUUUAGGUUGCUUGCGUAUAGAUGUGUCAUUCUGACGUUAUAAGCUCGAUAAUUAGCUUGCUUCGAAGCAGUAAUCCGCAGAUAAAUCGAAUUAUUAGAAAAUGGCGAACAACCGUUUAGAUAUAAUAAUAUUCGGUGCUACUGGAUUUACCGGAAAAUAUGUAGUGAAACGUGCAGCUUAUCUUUGUAAAGAGUGGAAAUUGAAUUUUGGCAUUGCCGGUCGCAGGAAGGAAGCUUUAGAGGCUGUGCUUAAGGAAUAUGCUCCAGAUGCUGAGAACGUACCUAUCAUCUUAGCAGAUGUUAAUGAUGAAGAAUCUCUAAAGAAAAUGACAGAACGUACAAAGGUACUGGCUACUUGUUGCGGUCCAUACAUUAUUUAUGGAGAAGCAGUUGUUAAAGCCUGUAUUGCUACUCGCACACAUUAUGUCGAUGUCACUGGUGAAUCACAGUUCAUCGAGAAAAUGCAAUUGCUGUAUAAUAAAGCGGCGCAAGAGGCUGGUGUUUAUAUAGUGAGCGCUUGUGGCAUGGACAGUAUUCCAACUGAAAUGGGAAUCAUCUUUGCACAGAGAAAAUUUGGAGGAGAAGUUAAUAGCAUCGAAACGUAUGCGAUGUUUGACACAAAUGAAGUUAUACUUCCUUUUAUAAAUUACACAAGUUGGGAGUCUCUGGUGCAUGUCUUAAUGCAUUGGGAUGAAUUGAAGGAGAUACGCGCAAAAUUAUACCCCGAGAAAUUGCCUGAGUUCAAGCCGAAGUUAGAGUCCAGGGGUAUCAUACACAAAAAUGACAUUACCGGAGAUUGGUCAACAAUAUUUUUAGGCUGUGAUCGUGCUGUAGCUUUAAGUACACAGAGAUUUUUGUAUGACAAAUACAAGGAGAGACCUGUACAAGUUCGCACUUACAUGUCGUUGAAGUCUUUCUUUAUCCUUUUGUUAUUAUUGAUUGGUGCUACGAUCAUCAUGUUGAUGACCCGCACGGCGUUCACUCGUAAAUUACUUCUGAAAUAUCCGACUCUAUUUUCUGGUGGCAUAAUAGGACGUAGCGAAAACAUGUCGCACAAAUUAUUUAAAAAUACGCGUUUUACCAUGAUAUUUAAAGCCGUCGGGUGGAGCGCAAAAUUGGCUGAACCUACUGACAAGCACACGGAUCCACCUAAUAAGGAACUAAUUACGAGAGUCAGCGGUUUUGAACCAGCAUACGGUUUGACUUCCACUGCAUUGAUUUUAUCAGCGAUUAUGAUUCUUAAGGAGGCUGAUAAAAUGCCGGACAAAGGCGGAGUACUUACUCCUGGCGCUGCAUUCGGGAAGACAUCUCUGAUCGAAGAAUUGGAGAAAAAUGACGUUAAAUUCGAGGUGAUAAAGUCUAGCGAGAAUUAACCCUUUGCACUCGAAGUUUUUUUUCAUUCAUAUUACCAGCAACUCGAAGCAAUUUCAGUGGAAAGACCAUAU